GCUGUGCCUGAACUCUCAUUCGCGCGGACGGGCUUGUGAAACAGUCGGAGGCAGCCAGUGGCACGGAGCUAAUGCGGCAGUUCAACUGCUGUGCCUUUCCUCGUGCUUCAAUAACACAUCAAGAAGGCAGUGCACGAGCGAGCCAUUUAAUGUCUCGAUAUGGUUAAUGACCAAUAAAUAUACUUAUACCUGAACUGUUGUCAACACUGUGACAAUCUAAUGUUCAAACGUGUUUAAAAUGGGCUUAUUUUUAUAUAUCGUUGGAUCUGCCAACCCAACCGAGGCUAGUGUGGACGAGCAGGUACUUCACUGUGAGGGUGUGAACAACAAAAGCUAUGUGUGUGAGACGGGGCACUGCUGUGGAGAGUCCCAGUGCUGUAGCUACUACUAUGAAAUCUGGUGGUUCUGGCUGGUGUGGGCCAUCAUCUUCAUCUUGAGCUUCUGCUGUGUGUGUCAUCACCGUCGCACCAAACACAGACUUCAGCAGCAACAGCGACAGCAUGAAAUCAACCUCAUUGCCUACAGAGAGGUUCACAACAACUACUCUCUCCCCUUCUACUACAGAUUCCUACCUAACUAUCUCCUCCCAGAAUAUGAAGAGGUAGUGCAUCGGCCUGCAACUCCGCCUCCCCCUUACAGUGCCUUAAAUGCCAACCCUUCAGCCUGCACCAACCCCUUAACCACUGACCAGCAGGACAUGCACUGUCCACCCAGACAAACCACUCCAGUGCCUCCUGUAUCAGACACACUCUGUUCCAGACCCAGCCUAGAGGAGAUUCUGAAAGAUGACAGCAAAGAACAGCUAGAGUCUGCACAGAGUUCUUUGCCGCUGGAACAGCUCCCCAGUGUGGACAAACAGGGCAAGAGCAGGAAGGAGCAGCUCAGGAAUGUGGCGAUGCCUGACGAGAAGGACAGGAUUCUGGGGAGGCACCGCAGAUUUACAGGGGACUCAGGGAUUGAGGUGUGCAUGUGUGGGCGGGGCUUUGAUAGCCGUGAACCUAAAGAAUUUGAGGGGCUUUUUUGUGAGGAGGACCAGGAAGCAUCUGAGGAAUUCUGUGAGGAGUGUGACCUCCAUUCUUAUGGAGUGGAAGAGCAGGGACUUCAAUCGACAGAAAACCGGGUGGAGCAAGGAGCAUCGCCACCACCCCAACCUCACCCUGUUUGCCUCUAUUUGCAUACUAUCAAGGAGCAGGAGGGUCCACACCAUAGCAAUAUAGAAUCUCAAAGAUGAAUGUAUAACAUGACCGGUACAAAAAAAGAGGGAGGAUGACAGAGAAAGCAAGACAAAGAGAGAGAGAGAGGGAAGUUUUUCCCACCACAAUAUUCGAUGGAAAAGCUAGCAUGGACUGAAUCAAAAAUAUGUCAUAUUCAUGUAAAAAGUAUGUGAUUAGCUUUGUCUAAUGUACAUAGCGUCUUUAAAAAAGCUCCCUCUAUGAGACUAUAUACCUGCCACAUGUGGUGCUAGAAGACAUGUCCACAAUGUGCGUCUGCUAAGUCACAUGCGGACCACAUUUUAGGAUUUAUAUUCUUAAAACAAACACUAUAAUGUCUCAGGCAGUCAAAGUUCAAUGUAAAUAUGUGCCUUUUUAAAACUGAUUGCGCUUUUAAGGGCACAUAUCCCUCAUGACUUUGUUUAAUUGAUGUGAUGUGCAAAACAAAGAUUUGUCCCAUUCACAUUCUUCUAUUUGAAUCGUUCUAAUUUUUUUCAGAUAAAGAACAUUUACGUACCUACAGUCUUAAUUCACAUUUAAAUAAGCUGUUUUGUAUUUUCUUUAGUUUUUCUGCUAUAAGCUCUGAUGGAUGAUUCAUAGUGUGUAUUUGGAACAAGACUGAUUUCUCUGACAUAGCUUAGGGUAUACUAAUAAAGAUUAUGACAUGGGGAAAAAAAAUAAAACGGCUAGAUUGAUCAAAGGCAACAUUUCUAGUAAUGCUAUUUUUGGCAUUAUGCUUGGAGCUUGAAAGUACAUUUAUAACUAACCAUCAGUGCCGGAUUACACACAAACACUAUAUUCUCUGUAUUUCUUUGAACAUGCAGGGAUAAAAACUUACCAAAGGGAGGUGUUCUUAUUACCCACACAUUGAUGUAAGCUGCAAAGUAAAAUAAAAAUAAAUUCCACUGAAGCAUAUCGUCACCUUCCUAAAAUAAUUGCCUAAGUCAUUUUUUGACAAAAAUGAUUUUUUUGCAUAAGUCAUCUCCUCAUGAUGCUGGCCACCUUUGGUAAAAUCGCCCACAUCCUCAGUUGAACAGAUCACGCAAUUCUACCUUUUUGAGUGACAUUAUCAAUAAAUAUCAUAUAUUCAAUUAUUGGUUCAGUGUUUUGUGUUUUCUGAGAAAAGUGAAAAAAUGACUUAGGCAAUUAUUUUAGGAAGGUGACGAUAUCUAAAUUAACUAAAGACGGAAACAUGUUGAUGUUUUAAAGUAAAUUAUAUAAUUCAUAAUUCUAUCUGUAAAUAGUGAAUUUUUAAGCUUGAUGCUAGAUGACAGCUGUAGUGUAUGAAAAACAUGAUUUUUAAGUGCCUCUUUCAAAUCCUGUUUGCACUUGUAGUCAUCAACCACUUUAAAGGGCUCAUGGCAUGAGGAAUUACAUUUUCCUUUGUCUUUUGGCAUUUUAGAGGUCAUUGUAGAACUCAGCGUCCUCCUCAUUGUAAAAAGAGCAUUUGUUGAAACCAAGCAGCAAAAACGAAGUUUUGUACUUCCUCCACAUUGUGAUGACACACUGUGGUUGACGUUUGUGUCUGACUGCCUCCACAUCAAUGCCAACUUUAUCAUUAAUCACUUCCGUAGCCCUGUCCAGUAGUGGUGAGCCGUGAGAUGACAAGGAGAGAGAGAGCUGAUCAUAACAGUGUGUGUUUACUGUCAAGUCUUAAAGGAGAAACAGCACCAAAACCAAGUGUUUCUGACAGAGGGUCAGAAUGAGGUUGGAAAAUGAUCAUGUUUUACAAAUAUAUGACUGUCUUUUGUGAAAAAUACUUUACUAAUAGUAUAAGUCAACCUUAAGGAACAUGUCAAAAUUACCCCUUUAAGUGUGGAGAUCUGUCUUAAGAAGUACAGUUUUAUGGAAAAAAAAUUCUACAUAAAAACUCAGAAACAGUGCCUUUAAUAUUCACAUAAUGUACUUUGGUAACAAGUCAAGUUGCCUUGAUUUUUUUUUUAAAUGCAAACCAAUGAUGAGCCAUACGUUUAGUUAGAAAAUGCUUAAUUUUUUUUAUUUUAUGCACCAAAGCAGCUUCAGUUUUAAGUUUCUCUCAAAGUUAUCUAAAUUAUUUCAUUGCCCUAAUGAAUGUUAUUGAUAAAGAGAUGUGCUGCUCUUAUUUGCAAAGGUAUGAUAUGAAUCUCUUUCUGAUAUAUUUUCAAGCUGCUGAAUUUCAGAAACUUGCACAUCUCACGUCUUGAAUCACAUCUUACUCAAACCAAUACAAAGGACAAAUUGUAAAGGUUUAGUAAGUCUAUAUAAGGAUAUAAGCUCAGUCGUGAUUUUUUACAUAUAUUUUUUUUAUGUGUAUCUUUUGAGAUGCAAAAAAAACUACCAAAAACCUAAUCUUGACACUGUUCAAUAAAAUGCAAAUC